CACGCCCAAGCUCGCGUCUCUUUUCUCAGAGUGCGAAGUGGCGUCUGCUUGAUGAAGAGGAAGGAGCGCGGAUGUGGUUGACGUGAGGACGUCGUUCCGCAGAGGGAACGCUGAAUGCUGUGCCGCGGAGCUCCGGACAGGUGCGGCGGCUCUGAGCGCGAACAUGGCCGAUGGGAAACACGCGAGCGCGGCUGACAGAUUCACAGAGACUGCGCUGAAAGAGUGCCUGGAUGAUUGUAUGGAGGCCCUGGAUCUCUUCCUUAACAACCGCUUCAAUGAGAGUCUGGAUAGGCUGCGACCAAGAAUCAAUGAGAGCAUGUACCACGCUCUCAUCUACGCCACCGUGCUGGAAAUGCAGGCCAUGAUGACUUUCCAACACGAAGACAUUUGCAACGCUGGACGCACCAUGAAGAACGCUCAGGACGUCUGUCAGAGGUUUCGGCGGAAAUCCUCAAGUUUGGCCAGUAAGUCGGCUGAUGAGUCCCUCUCUGAAGUGGAGCUCCACGCUGAAGUGUGUUUUGCAGAGUGUCAACUACAAAGAGCUGCUCUCACCUUCCUGCAGGAUGAGAGCAUGGUCAGUUUCAUCAAAGGAGGCAUGAAAGUGCGAAACAGUUACCUCAUAUACAAGGAUCUUCAUUCCUUCAUAAAAUCUCACAGCUGUCUCAAAGGACCGUGCCACGUUCACUUAGAGGGAGGCAUAUCAUUUGGUGUUGGUGCUUUUAAUUUGACGCUGUCGCUGUUUCCUCCUCGGAUCCUCAGAGUGCUGGAGUUUGCAGGCUUCUCUGGAGACAAGGACUACGGCCUGUCUCUCUUGCGUGAUGGUGCCACAGGGUUGAACCUGCGCUCCAUGCUGUGUGUUCUGCUGCUGCUCUGCUACCACACCUUCCUCACGUUUGUUCUAGGAACUGGUGAAGGAGACGUGGCGGAGGCUGAAAGACUGUUGAAACCUUUCCGGCUUCGUUAUCCUGAGGGGGCCAUCUUUCUUUUCUUUGCUGGGAGAAUCGAGGAGAUCAAAGGAAACAUCGAUGAGGCUGUAGCAUGUUUUGAAAACGGCUGCAGGGCGCAGCAAACAUGGAAGCAGUUUCACCACAUGUGCUACUGGGAGCUGAUGUGGUGCUUCACCUACAAGCGCGUGUGGAGGGUAGCCUACUUCUACGCGGACCUGCUGAGCAAGGAGAGCCGCUGGUCCAAGGCCAUGUACGUCUACAUGAAAGCUGCUUACCUCAGCAUGCUACCUGCUGAUGAGGCCAGGCCUUUUGGGGAGGAUGAGGUCAAGCUCUUCAGGAUCGUGCCGACCCUCAAGCAGAAGAUUGCAGGGAAGUCCCCCCCGACAGAGAAGUUUGCCAUUCGUAAAGCCAGGCGCUACAAGGCCCCCCAGCCCAUCAAGCUUCCCGUCCCAGUGCUGGAGAUGAUGUACAUGUGGAAUGGUUUCAGCAUGAUCAGCAAAGAGGAGAGGUUGACCGAUGGGAUGCUGCACACUGUGAUGGAGGCAGAGCGCACUCUGCUGGAAUCUCCUGAAAACGAGUAUACGAUGGACGACCGCUGCUUGCUGCACAUGUUGAAGGGUCUGUGCUUUAAGAACAAAGGCCUCUUUCAGGCCGCAGAGGAAUGCUUUAACAGAGUGUGCUCCAGUGAGAAAAAGAUCAAGUUUGACCACUAUCUUGUUCCAAACUGCCUGGUGGAGCUCAGUCUGCUUUACAUUGACCAAGGCAGAAGAGAGGAGGCCAUCAAAACGCUGCAUAAAGCCAAGCAUAACUACAAGGAUUACUCCAUGGAGUCUCGUACGCAGUUCAGGGUGCACGCCGCUCUGGCCAAGCUCAAAGCUGACCCCGGAGACGAUGACGGCCACCUGUAAGGAGCCGCCCUCCUCCCCCACUGGAAUCCAGGAGCGUUUUAACCCCCCCCGCACUCCCUGUUUGAAGUUCUCUGGAUCUGUGCCUCAAGAAAGACGAGCUGGGAAUCGAACGCCGAACGUGUUCAGCCAGGAUACUGCAGCACCAACGUAGACCUGAUCGGAGGAAAUAUUCUGAAUCUAUUUUGAUCCGUAGAUAUGGGAGGCUUCAUGAGAUCUGAACAAACCUCUGCUCUAUUUGCUCAGUUUGGAUUCUUUCAGCCAAAUGUUCAGGAGUUUUAAGUGGAUCAAGAACGUAUCCAUCAUUAAUUUGGCAGAAAUAAAUUGUGCUUGUGGACAUUCCUUUCAUAUUUUGUGCCUUAAAAGACCAGAGAAAACUUGAGUGCUUGUGGGGACCUUUGGGGCCUCUCCUAAAUAAAACCAACCAAAGAG